CGGACACCGAGGGAUGAUCGAGUAUAUUGUCUCGGAUGCUCAAGGAGCACGGCGUCGAUGGCAUCGCACGCAGGAUGCGUCCGGCGCUCUCGAGGUCGUAACGACAUCCACUGAUAAGGCGUCGGAUCUGCGGAGCAUGUUUCUGUUUCUAAUUUUGUUCAUUCCAGCUUUUUACAAGCCAAUGCGCCCGACGAACCACCCUGCCGAUGACGUCCACGCGCCCGAGCGCUGGCGGCGUCGCGCGACCAACAACAACAACCACGAGGUUCCAUUGCUGCACAAGCCAGAGAAGGCGGCGGCCGAGGACGGGCUACACCUUGCACCGCCAUCGUCGACGAUCUGGCGGCGACGGUUCCCCGAGUCGGGCUGGCGGUCACCCAAGGUCCGACCGCGCGUCUCCAACCAAGAGCAGCGCGUUGCGACGCUGUCGCUGCCCCGCGAUGGUCCGACAAACGCCCUUUUUGACUUUAAGCCUCUCGAAUAGCAAGUUUAUCCUCUCUUUUCUGCA